AUGGCCAUGGCCGCCAGCAUGGCCGACCUCACGGUCUACAACAUGCCACCCUCGCCCCCGAAUUGGGAUAAGGUGGGUGUGUUCUAUAUCGCAUUCUGCAUCACCUGGACCACCCUUUUGGUCGCAGGUAUGAUUUUCUGCGCAAUCAACCACCGCAUCCCCAUCUUGAGGGUCCGAGGCCUGCCUCUCAGCUUUUCAGCAAUCAUACUCCUCCAUGUAUACUGGAUUCUAGGCCAGAUUACAUACCCCAUCGGAGCAACCAUGCCUACGGUGCUGGCUUACGAUGUCCAAUACUUCGGUAUGGGUGUCUAUUUCCCAUUGGGAAUUGCGCUAUUCCAAGCCUCCAACCUCCGAUUCCUCCACGUCGCCAGAACACAGAAGCAGCAAUUCGCCAGCUCCGACAAUCGAAUCGGGCGGAAAUGCAACGGUGGUGAUUCUUCUUGGUUAUGCCGACUCAGGAAUAUGGAUUACAUGAAGAGGACCAUGACUUUCAUCACGAUUGGAAUGAUCGUCCAGUUUAUCAUCACCCUCGGUAUGUGGUUCGCUUGUGCGAAGUACCACCCUACCUAUGGUAUUCCAGGAACCGAAAUUCCCGAGGGCCUUCUCCUGCCCGAACAGGUCAUUUAUCUCGGUCGAGGAUGGGAGUGGUGGCCAUCUAUGCUCUGGCAAGUCAUCUGGACUUGGAUCGCCGCACCGAUUCUUAUUUGGAAGGCUUGGGGGAUCCGCGAUACCAUGGGAUGGCGGACUCAGACAAUCGCCUGCUGUCUCUCCAGUCUCCACGCGACCCCGAUGUUCUUGAUUGCUUCAUACGUACCAAGCUUUGCCAAAGUGAAUGUUUACUUCACUCCUAGUCAAUGGAUCCACGUCUCCAUCAUGAUGUGGGAAAUCUUCACUGUCUUCAUUCCCAUCUUCGAAGUUUUCAAGCUCUGGUCAGUCAAGAGGAAGACCAACCAGUCAAUGGCCAAGUAUGAUUCGAACGCGACAAUCAUCGAGACCUCGCCUUCUGCUAAAUGGAACAACGAGUCAUCGUCCACUCUGGCUGAGAAGACUCAGUCGGUUGUAUCCUUCGACGACAGCCAAAGUGACCGUUUGUACACAAUGGAUGCCCUGGAGCAUGUGCUGAGCAAAAAUGCUAUUCAGCUCCAGGAGUUCGCAGCACUUAGCGACUUUUCAGGUGAAAACAUCGCUUUCUUGAGCGAGCUCGCAGUAUGGAAGUCACGCUGGUCUGACAUCUCCGACGAGAAGGCCAGAUCCGAUGCAUUCAACCAGGCACUGUGGAUCUAUGCAGACUUUGUCAGCACACAAGACGCUGAAUUCCCUCUGAACCUCUCCUCGAAGAGUCUCAAGCAACUAGAAAGCGUCUUCGAGAAACCCGCCCGCACUCUGCUUGGAGAGAAGCGAGUCAACCAGACAUCUCCCUUCGAGAGUGAUAUCACCUCCACUCCACUGCACGAAGCAAUUGCGGACCGGGGUUCUUAUAUGGGAGAAAUACCCGAUGCUUUCAACUUGGACGUGUUCAACAGCGUCCAAGAUCACAUCAAGUACCUCGUCUUGACAAACACUUUCCCCAAGUUUGUGGAGUCUAUGCGACGACGAUCAGUAGAUUCAGAGCGAAGUGACUUCUCCGGUUUUUCGGACACUUCAAUCAGCAGUUGGAUCUCGAAGCAGCGAAUGAAGCUUCAGACAUUCAUUUAA